UCCAUUAACGAAGCUACGAGUGGGAACUUUCAUCUUCUUGCUCGCUUUUCUCUGGACAUUGGCAUGGUUUGUUGCAGAGCCUAAGCUUAAUUACUAAAAUGUCUUUAAAUGCCUUCUCUGUUCAUGAAAAUGGUGGGUGAGUCGAUCAGUAUUGUCAUUUCUUCCCUUGUUUUUGACCCGCUCUCUAAUUAGUUCCCACUCAGAGAGAGAGAGAGAGAGAGAGAGAAAGGGAGAACCCGAGAGGGAUAUGGGUAAGAGAACCAAAUCUGACGAUAUGAAGAAAGAUCAGAUCUAAUAGUGUAAGCUUACAGGGACUGUGCAGCAUUCCAGCUAAACCCAGUCUUGCAAGCUUGAAAGCUCAGCUGCUUCGCGAAAAAGAGCCAAGUCAAGCACCGAGAUGGCAACAGAAGUAACUGAGACAGGUUCAAGAAAGAAAAAGUCCGCAAACUCAAUCACUGUCUUAAGGUGGUCUCAACGCAUUCAGAACGCGGUUUUGACUACCCAAGACAAGGAUAUUGAGCCUGUGAUUGAAACCAUAGAUUUACGAGGAAGUGACGAAGAGGGUCACCAAGAUAAAGAACAACACCACUGUUAUGAGGAGAAAAAGAUGCACGAGGAAAACUUGGGUAUUCGAAACUUGGAAGGAAAAAUUGAUUAUCUGACUCUACUUUUAGAAGCUCAAGAAAAAAUUCAUGAAACAAAGUCCAUGGGAGCCCAGAAUCUAUGUUUUGCUGACAUCAAAUCACAAAUGAAAAAGGACAAGUACAAGUUGAUGUACAUAGACUCCCAGAAAAAGAUUGAGAGCAUGCAAGAGGAGAAUCGUCAACUAGCUGUGAAGUUGGAAAAUGCUCUUGGCAAGAUUGAAGCAUAUGAAAAAGGACAGUCUAUUUUCUCUGAAACGAUUGAGAGGCUAAAGGAUGCAAUGUUAGUAUCUACUCUUACAAAAACAACUGAAAUGAUGUUCGGACGUUCGUCUCCUCGGGCAAACAAUGGUGAUUGUGCUGCUCCAACUGUUGCUGAAGCCAAAGCGCCGGUAGCUAAAAAGAGGAAGAAUGCAAAAUCUAGGGGAAGGAACUGACUCUCACCAAUCCCAUGCAACUGGCUAUCCACUUUCAUGUUGUCGAAAAGUUGUUCUUAAUUUGUAUUUGGCAUGAACUACUUUAGUGUGUUUGUACAGUUCUGCUAUCAUAGACUCCUAACAAGCAGAACUUCCAGUCACAAUCUUUAUAUUUUCGUUUACACAUCAGUUUAGAUGCCAAUGUUCCAGUA